AUGCGGGAAUAUAAAUGGUGGACUGUGGAAGCAAAACCUGUAGUGAAGGUGACUCCAGAUCAGCGUGUGUUCAGAGGAGAGACAGUCACUCUCACAUGUGACAUACAGAGAGGAAGAAACAUUCAGUGGACAUACAGCUGGUUUAAAGAUGGUCAAGCCAUCCCAGACACCACUGAGAGAGUCUACACCAUCACAUCUGUGUCUGAUAAUAGUGGUGAAUACAGCUGUGAAGCAAAGAGCAUCAGCGAUGCUGUUACACUGACUUUAUCAGAUUCACCCAGAUCUACACUGACUGUGACACCGGACAGUCCUGUAUUCACUGGAGAGACAGUCGAUCUGACGUGUGUGAUUGAGUCUUACAGUGACUGGAGAUGGAGAAAUGACAGGAUUUAUGGCUGGACUGACUGGACACCUGACUGGAGAUAUGAGUGUGGUGAAUACAGGUGUAGAGGAGAGAGAUCAGCUUCACAGAGAUCAGACAUCAGUGCUGCUGUUACACUGACUGUAUCAGAUCUGAAACCAAAGCCUGAACUCACGUCAGAUGCUGCAGGAGCUGCACUGACAGGAAACACAGUGACUUUGUCCUGUCGCAUGAAUCUGUCCCCUGGAUGGGACUUUUACUGGUACACACACACACUGAACUCUGAGACAAAGACAGAAACAAACUACUACAGAGUGAAGAUUGAUUCAGUGUCUGAUGGAGGCCAGUACUGGUGUAGAGCUGGAAGAGGGGAACCAGUCUACUACACACAAUACAGUGAUGCACUGUGGGUGAAUGUUACAGUGAGUCCUAAAGCUGUGGUGACGGUACGGCCUGAUGAACGAGUGUUCAGAGGAGAAACAGUCACUCUCAGAUGUGAUAUAAAGUGGGGAGGAGACACUGAGUGGACGUACAGAUGGGAAACAGAGGGAACAAACUACCAAUAUACAAACUCUGUCAGCCGAAUCUCAACACAAGAGUUGAACAUCAGGAGUGUUAAAGACUUUCACAGCGGUAAAUACACCUGUACAGGACAGAUGGGAACACAAAGCUCUCAGCGCAGUGAUGCUGUUACACUGACUGUAUCAGCUGAAGCUCAGGCAGCAGUGCGAGUGUCUCCACAGCCGUGGCUGACUGAAGGAGACUCAGUGACUCUGAUCUGUGAGGUUACAGGCUCCUCUACAGGCUGGACGUUCAGCUGGUUCAGAGAUGAUGAUCAUCUGUCCGACAGCAGCAGAGGAGCUGGAGGCUCUUACACUCUCAGUCCUGCUGCUCUACAGCACACAGGAGUUUAUACGUGCAGAGCAGAGAGAGGACGACCAGCCUAUUACACAAAGUACAGUAACACACAGCCACUGUGGAUCACUGGUGUCUCUGCUUCAGUGUCUCUGGUGGUCAGUCCCAGCAGAAGUCAACACUUCUCAUCUGACUCUCUCUCUCUGAGCUGUGAGGAUCAGAGUAACUCUACUGGAUGGACAGUGAGAAGAUACACAGACAGAAACACAGAAGAUUGUUCAAAACUAACAGGAUCUACAUGUCGAAUCGACUCCCUCAACACAUCUGACGCUGGAGUUUACUGGUGUCAGUCUGAAUCUGGAGAGAAACAUCAUCCUCUAAACAUUACUGUUCAUGAUGGUGAUGUGAUUCUGCUGAGUUCUGUUGAUCCUGUGAUUGAGGGAGAUACUCUGACUCUACACUGUUUACAUCGAUCCACAAACUCCUCGAUCCUCAGAGCUGAUUUCUAUAAAGACGGGUCCCUCGUCCAGAAUCAGACAACAGGAGAGAUGAACAUCGCGACUGUCUCAAAGUCACAUGAGGGUUUGUACUACUGUAAAACAGAGAGAGGACAGUCACUGCACAGCUGGAUCUCAGUCAGAGUGUCAGGUUCAGGUCAGAUUUCUGUCUUCAACAUCCUCAGUUCUCUUCUGGCAGCUUGUCCGUAUCUGCUGGCGACAGUCGUGCUGCUUUUCAAAUGCUACAGAGCGAGAGUUCCAUCUGCUGAAGACCAAAGCCAGUAUGCAGUGAGAGAAGAAACUUCAACCUGA